UCCAGCGUCCUUCGCCCAUUGCAGCUGGAGAAGGCGCAGGAGCAGCUGCAGAGUUCACCGCCGCGCCGCAGAGGGAGCCCGGGGCGGAGGAUGAAGAUGCCGGGCGAGGUGAUCCGGGAGGGCGAGCUGGAGAAGCGCAGCGACAGCCUCUUCCAGUUCUGGAAGAAGAAGCUGGUGGUGCUGACCAAGGACAGCCUGAGCCUCUUCCCGGACGGGCACAAGCGCGCCCGGGGCAAGGAGCUGGGCUUCCACUCCAUCCUCAAGGUGGACUGCGUGGAGCGCACGGGCAAGUACAUCUACUUCACCAUCGUCACCACGGACCGCAAGGAGAUCGACUUCCGCUGCCCGGACCAGAGCUGCUGGAACGCCUCCAUCACCAUGGCGCUCAUCGACUUCCAGAACAAGCGGGCCAUCCAGGACUUCAAGAGCCGCCAGGAGCUGGAGCAGGCGGCGGGCAGCCCGGAGCGGCGCCUGGCCCGGGCGCCCUGAGCAGC